UUAGGAAGUUCCAAUUCCCAAAUUCCUAAAACCCCACCACCAGUUCAGCCUCAAUUACUUCACUACUUUCUUUUUCCAUCUUUUUUUCACCAUUUUCAUUUUGUCAGAAAGGCUCAACCUUUUCCUUCCAUUCCACUCCACCGCUAUCUCUCCCCAGUAGACCACCACCACCACCUCCUCUACUUUUUCUUCCCUCCUCAUGUUUCCCGGGUUCCUCAUUCUCAACCCUUUUCCUCACCAAAUUAAUUAAAAUCUCCACAACCCAAUAAAGAAAAGGGAUUAUUGGACCAAAUUUCCCGGAAAAAGGAAAAAAAUACAGCUAAGCAAAUGCCGCCACCGCUGGAGCAGCCGCCGCCGCCGCCGUCCCUUUCACCGGCCGAAACCCUGGAUGACAUAACCCAGUUGCUAACCAAGCUCCUUCCGGCUACCCUGUCCAUCACUUCUUUUGCAUCUAGAUGGCAAGUUCUCCGGUCAAAGCUGGCUUCUUUGAAAUCCAUGAUUUCCGAGCUAUCUGAUUCUUCCCAUUGGUCGGAUAAUCCGUUGGUCUUAGCUCUUCUCCCGAAUCUCUACGCCACCCUAGUCCGUGUCCAGACCCUCUGCCAUCAGUGCUGCGAUUGUUCAUUCACUCCCGGGAAACUCCUCAUGCAAUCCGAUCUCGAUAUGUGCGCCGGCUGGCUGUCCAAGCAAAUUCAUGACCUCGACCUCUUGCUCCGGUCCGGCGUUCUCCGGCAAUCGACCGCCAUUGUGCUCUCGCAUCCGAGUAUCAAUUCUUCCAAAGAAGACUUGUCUCUGUUCGUCAAGGACCUCUUUACGCGGCUACAGAUCGGCGGGACGGAGUUCAAGAAAAAAGCCCUCGAUUCGUUGAUUCAGUUGCUUUCCGAGGAUGAUAAGGCUGCGGUUUUAGUGUCUAAAGAUGGGGACGUGGGUUAUUUAAUCUCGCUUUUGGAUGUUAAUAAUGUUAACCCUUUUGUCCGUGAACAGGCGGUUUUAGCUGUCUCUAUGUUGGCCUCAAUUAAUGAGCAGUCGAGAAAAUGCGUUUUCGAAGAGGGUGCUUUGGGACCCUUGUUGAGAAUUAUCGAUUCAGGAUCAAUGCCCUUGAAGGAGAAGGCUGCCUUGGCCCUCGAAUGUAUUACUGCAGAUCCUGAGAAUGCUUGGGCGGUUUCAGCUUAUGGGGGCGUGUCAAUUCUUGUCGAACUUUGUAAAUCUGGUUCGGUUGUUGCUCAAUCUCACGCAAUUGGAGUGAUUAGGAAUGUUUCUACCAAUGAGGAUGUUCGGACUGCUUUAGCUGAAGAAGGGGCAAUUCCGAUGUUGUUGCAAUUUCUGGUUUCAGGUGAUGCUUCUGUCCAGGAAAAGGCAGCUAAUUGUGUUGCUAUUCUAGCUUCUUCAAGUGAGUAUCUCCGCAGCUUACUGCUACGAGAAAAGGGUUUGCAUAGAUUGCUUCAGUUGUUGAAUGAAUUAUCUAAUUCAGACACGAUGGAGCAUGUUCUUCGGGCCAUUUUUUCACUUUCUGGAACAGAGUCAGCGUUUAGGAUAUUAUCAUCUUCAACGGCAUUUAUUGUGCAGGUUGCUGAUCUUAUAAAGCAUGGAAAUUUAAUCUUACAGCAUAUUUCUGCAUCAUUAUUAGCCAAGUUAUCAAUAAGUGAGAACAAUAAGAGAGCAAUUAGUGGUUGUAUGGGGCCUUUGGUGAAGCUAAUGGAGUCAGCAAAGCCUGAUGGAUUGCAGGAAGUUGCGGCGAAUGCAUUAGUAUCACUGUUGGCUGUGAGGUCAAAUCGGAAGGAAUUGGUGAGGGAUGAGAAGAGUGUGAUGAGGCUUGUCCAGAUGUUGGAUCCUCGUAAUGAUUUUGUCUCCAAGAAAUUUCCUAUUGCCGUGGUGAGUGCAAUAAUGGCUGGUGGGAGUCAAGGUUGCCGGAAGCGCUUAUUGGCGGCCGGGGCUUACGGCCAUCUGCAGAGAUUAGUGGAGAUGGAGGUUGUCGGAGCAAAGAAGGCCUUGCAAAGACUUUCAGGGAACAGGCUCACGAAUAUUUUCACAAGGACUUGGAGGGAAUAAUCACUAAUGUGACUACCCCUGCUAAUACAGGAGUUUUGUUUUACAUUUGGACUCUUUGCUAACCGUCAAAAACAAAGGAAGCUACCUUCUUCCUGCACAUGAAACAGCAGACACCAUAGGUAUAGUGUUAUCCCUGCAAAAAGAUAAAUGAAGAGUUUUUUUUCAAAGGAAAAACAGAAAAGAAAAGAAAAGAAAAACAUUAAGUUUUGUUUUCAUAAAUUAUAUGACAACAAACUACCAGAAGGCAAUGGAUGCAGUUUUUAGGAAGUAUCCUUGUGUUAUCUUCUCUUUAUUUAUUUAAUUUUUUUUUCUUUUUCCCAUUUUUAACUUGUAGUAAGUAUUUUGACCCUCAUGAAGAGGGUCUGCGAGCAAGCUAGGGCUGCUGCUUGUAAUUUUAUUUAUUUAUUUAAUCUUGUCUGAUAGUGUACAUGAAAUUGUUCUAUCCUUUAAAUUGGGGUUUAUCAGAACCCUUUUUAUGUAUAAUGGCUAGCACUAAUGCCCUUUGUUUCACUUGCAUUCAAACGCGAAAAAUCAAAGAAAAAAAUGAUUUAGCCAAAAAAAUGUGAAGCCUUACAACUCAAUGGUUAAUGAGAGUAAUACAGAACUUCACUCAUCGCCAAGUUUAUUUUGUUGAAUUAACAACGUUUGCAAAAGCUUACAACUCGUGAAAGGGUUUGAUGAUGAUCACCAAUAUGUGAAAAAAGGCAAAGGGCCCAUGUGCAUUUUGCUACAAAUUGGAACGUUGCCUGCAUAGAAGAAGUAAAACAAAAUAUUUGGGAGAGUAAGCAACGGCGUAGAUGUAGGAGAAGGAAGGAGACUACCAAAAACGGGCAAAAAGAAAAAAAGAAAGCUGGAAGGGCAAGGAGAGGGCCAAAUUGGGGUCCGGUGUAGGAACCAGGAAGGAAGACAAAGUAUACAGCAAAUCACAUGGCCAUGGGAAAGCUGGAAAUU